UCCGUAAGACAAAACAGAUUCACGUGCACCUGUUGACGUAACUUUCCCCGCCAGAGCGCGUGCUUUAUCCGUGGGGACGAGGUCCAAACUCAGUCUCGGCUCAAGAUCCAUGGCAGAAAGAGCCCAUCUCGUCAGCAGUCCAUCAUAACAACACGGGCUGGAUAUGCGGGAGAUAUUACUCCUGUUGGUAUGUCUGGCCAGCCUCGGACCGCUCACGUCCCAUCCAACCAAUUUCCCGAGUCGGAAUGGAGGUGAGGUCGGAAGGUCUCGGCCGAGGAGGCAACUCAGCGAAAUCGUACGCCUCUAUAAUGAGAUGAAUGAGGAAAACCAGAAAGAGAGGGCAGAGGCUCUUGAUAAAAUCAGAGCAAUCCUUAGCAGAACAUUUCUUUCGCCAAAUGAUACCACAACAACUUUAGUUCCUCCGAAUAAUAGUACGUCAAGUGAGGAUGGAGAAACGACAACAACGCAGAAGCCGAAGAUCGACAGGCAGAUGCUUCUGGCGAACCUGCGUCGAAAUCUCCGCGGCAUUGGCCGCCUUUUUAUGCGAGAACUGAGAACAGCUCUUGCAACAUCAAGAGACAAUUUCUACAUUUUCGGCGGACAGGUUCGUGAUUCGAUCCGGUCCUUGUUCAGUCGAGCCUCCAUAUCGGUACAAAACACUAACUCCAAUAGCGCCGACUAGCCGGCGAGUGAACUCUUCCUGCAUGUGUGUUUGUGCUUUGUUGUAUUUUACUCUGGAAGCAGCCAUAUUCUAAGAUUUUUUGAUAAAUUUUGUGUAAAAGUCUCCACAGUAUAGAUUUUAUGAAAUGAAAAACGGGUCACUCGUAAUUAUAUAAAUACUGCAUCAGGCCAAAGAAGCUAAGUAUGGCCUCUUCAAUUUAUCAUUUUAUCACUGUUAGUUUUGUAAGUUGAAAGUGUAUAAAGUUAGAAUGUUAAUAAUUUAUUAUGCAUAUGUUAAAUAAACGAAUCCACGCCAAAA